GCUGAACAAUCUGUUUAAAAAAUAUGCUCACACAUGGCAUAUAACAGCAUCCUUAUUCUUUCUUUAGCUGACUUUUCCAGUCCUAGCAUAGUUGACGUUGGAGAUCCAGUCCCUGACAUCAAAAGGUUAAGAUGCUCGGCCUCUGGAGGCUUUCCAGAGCCUCACCUCUCCUGGUGGGAAGAUGGAGAAUUAAGCGCUGUCAACACCACUGUUUCCCAAGAUUUGGACACUGCUCUCUACUCGAUUAGCAGUGAACUGGAAUUCAAUGUAACGAAAAACCACAGCAUCAUGUGUCUCAUCAAGUACGGAGACUCCAGGGUGUCCCAGACCUUCACAUGGCACAAACCGAAGCCACAGCCGCCCGUUCAUGAGUAUCCACUGUGGACCAUUAUCCUGGGAAGCAUGGUUUUCAUUGCUGCAGUAAUCAUCUUCCUGAUCUACAGACUAGUUCCAAGGCGGGAAAGAACAAGAAAGAAUGAGGAAACCGGGGAAACACAAAGGCUGUCCCCCAUCUACAUAGGAGCUGCACAAGCCUCAGGCUGAGCCAAAGAGCUGAAGGUCCCACCUCCAUUUGCAACUGACCUCUUCCAAGGACUUCAUCAGAUGGCCAGGACUGCUGCCUUGCCCUUCAUGGAGCUUUCCUUCAGAGACUCUGUAGAAAAGUGUCUAGAGGAAUAUUGUGAGCACAGAAGUAGCUCUGGCGACCCUGAACCUGAACACGGGACUAAGAAACAAAAGGAUUCUUUAGACCCAGAAGGGGAAGUUAGAGGAUACUUAGUCUCAGUAAUGACAAGGAUGCUGUGACUCAGGGAGGGGAAUGGAACUCUCAAGGUCAGAGCUCCUUGUUCUGGUGCUCUUUCAUCUGUUUGAGCUGAGGACAGAAAGAGUGCUUUGUACACAUAUAUAUAUACAUGUCAGUGAAGUGCAUCUCCUAACAGAAUCCAUGCACAACCAGGCCUGAUUUCCUGAUGCAAAACCAGAGAAAGAUUUAAUGUUGGUUUUUUUCUUAACAGUUGAAUGCAACCUUCAGGAAAACAUUUUGAUAUCUAUCUCUAAAUGAGGACAGUGGAAGUACCACUGGCCUCAUUGUGUUCUCUGUUGUUCUCCCACUUCCCAUCCAAGUUCAGGCUCAAGUAGGACUCUCCAUACAGGAUUUUCUUGGACAUAUAAGAUGAAUAUCCUCUCAUACCUGAGUAACAGGAUGGAGAGGAACAGUCUGAAAACGUACAAUCUACUGGUUCAUAUUGGACUGAUACUCUCUUUAAAUGGCUUUAUGCUAGUUUUGAGCUAACUUGUAAAAUAUUUAUGAAAAAGUUCUCAUUCAAAAUGAGGUGUGUUUUUUUUUAACUGCAUAUGUACUAAGCAGUAAGCUACCUUCAGAGAAAAUGACAGAAGGGAUAAAAAUGUACUGAGUGCUCCCUCAGAUCCUGCAAGUUGCUUUUCCUCCUUCCUAGUUCUGGAUGCUUGACGUCAACAGAGACAAAGGAGUGGUCAUCUGCGGUGACCACUUGUUACUCCUGACUCCUCUUUCUCUGAAAAUGCCUUUCAUGACCCAACAUACCACCCAUGGACCCAACUCAAAUUGGGGAAAUCACAUGUUAUCUGAAAAUGUAGAACCGGAUAGCAAGAGAUGAUGGAGUUUCACAACUGAGGCUGAGCUGAAACCGUUUAAUUUUGGUAGCUAAAAACAGACCAGAUGCUACUACAUAACAUCAGAAACACAGCAACACUUUUUCAACGGGUGCUCUCAAAACUAGAUCUCUGAAGGAAAUAAAGGGAGUAGACUGACAAGGACUUAGCAGUAAAGACACAAGAACAGAACAUUUAGACGUAAUGAGACCUCAGAAACAUGAAUUAGGAUCAACUGAGGGAACUGUAAUAUCAAAUAAAUUAUAUUAAGUUAUUACAUUCAAUAAAGGUGUUUUUCAAUUACACCUUACCUUUAUUACUAAUAUGUUUGUGACAUGAAUAAAAUUAUUUCUAAAAACA